AUGCAGUCGAAUUGUAACCAGGGUUCAGUUGAAUGUGACAUUAAGCCGCAUGAGAGUAAUCAUCCCGUACUAAACUUUACAGCUAUCAUAUCCAAAAAUAUAUGUUCUUACCAGCCAAAAACUACCAUUGAUAUAUCCAAAUACAAUCACCUUAGAGAUUUAAAAAUUUCACCAAGUCAAACAUCUCCCAAUUGUAUUGAUCUUCUUCUUGGAGCUGAAUUGGUUCCGCAUAUCUUCACUGGAGAACGUCGUAUUGGUGAUGUGGACGAGCCAGCUGCAAUAGGGUCAAUUUUUGGAUGGCUGUUGAUGGGUAAAACUUCUGAGAAUAAUAACACAACUGCCAAUAUUUCUCUUUUGGUCGAGCCAUCUUUAGAUCAGUAUCUCCAAAAAUUCUGGGAACUAGAUCAGGUCAAAAAUAAUAUUACCGAGGCGCCAGAAGACAUCAGAUGCGAAGAAGAAUUCGUAAAUAAUUACCAACGCAUGGAUAAUGGUCGAUUUAUGGUUAAAUUAAUUUUUAAAACUGCAAGUCCUGAGUUAGUCUUCAUCUGCGACAUAAAACAAUUGUAUCGCCAGAUUCUGAUAGAUCCUCAUCAACGCAAAUACCAGCGUAUUAUCUGGAGAAAUUCUCCUGAUGAUGCCUUAAAUGAAUAUGAACUAAACACGGUCACUUACGGAGUAUCAUCUUCUCCAUAUCUGGCACUGCGAACGGUACGGGAGUUGGCUCUAAUUUAUGCGGCCCAGUUUCCUGAAGCGUCCCAAGUGUUGUUGCGCGACAUGUACGUUGACGAUGUAGUAACGGGCAGUGUUUCAAUCCAAGACGCGUUAAAUCUGCAACGGCAGGUGAUGAAACUGUUGUCAUUGGGGGGAUUUGAAUUAGCAAAAUGGGCGAGUAACUCACCGGAAUUAUUGACAUCAGUUAACGACCAUCAAGAUAGAGUUGCAGUGUCCCUAGAUAACAAGGAUGAUGGCUUCGUGAAGGUGUUGGGUUUUCAUUGGGAUCCCCAAGCUGAUGCCUUUGGGUUUUCAUAUACACCCCGAGACAACCCAUGUACCAAACGAGCCAUAUUAUCAAACAUAGCUCGUAUUUAUGAUCCCAUGGGAUUGAUUGCUCCAUGUAUCAUGGCAGCAAAGUGUCUUAUGCAGAAACUUUGGGUAGAGAGAUUAGACUGGGAUGAUCUUCCAUCGGACGAGAUCCAGAGUUACUGGAUUCAAUUUAAGCAUCAACUUCCAUUACUGUCCCAGUUGAAGAUUCCGCGACAUAUUCAUCAUUCGGCAACUCAAAAUGUGGAACUUCAUCUAUUCUCUGAUGCUUCUUCAUUGGGUUACUGUGCGGUGGCGUAUCUACGUUGUAUAUUGCCUGAUAAUACUAUUACCCUAAAUUUUGUUUCUGCUAAGUCUAGAGUUGCUCCGCUGAAAACCACAUCAAUACCCCGAUUGGAGCUCUGUGCCGCUGUUCUAUUGGCUGACUUGGCCAAGUUCUUGUUAUCAAGCUUCUCCACGGUGGUUCAACCAAGAAUCUUCGCUUGGUGCGACUCUAUGGUGGUGCUCCAUUGGAUUAACUCAUCCCCGCAUCGCUGGAAAACGUUCGUAGCGAACCGAACAAGCCAUAUUCAGGAUGUUAUACCUAAGGAUUGUUGGCGCCAUGUACCAUCCCAAGAGAAUCCCGCUGAUCCAGGGUCGCGAGGGCUUCUCCCCGCUGAUGUGGUACAGUGUAAUCUAUGGUGGAAUGGACCUUAUUGGUUGUCUCUUGCAUCUCCUCACUGGCCUUCUCAAGGGAUCAUCACAUGUAGCGACGAAGUUGUAGCUGAAGAAAAACAACAAAUGGUUGCUCAUUUAACAUCAGAUACUGACGAUUGUUUGCUCACCUUACUGGAUCGCUUCUCUUCAUUACGUAAGGUAAAAAACAUAGUCGCUUACAUUUUGAGAUUUGUUUCAGGGUGUCGUAAGAAAAAUUAA